CAAUGACAAACGCAUCCGCGACAUUUGUUUGUGGUUUGCUUUUGUGCUUGUUGCUGAAGUUGAAAGCGAAUAGGUACAUGUAGUAUUGAUUUUUCAGUAGUGAGUGAUUAUACCUUCCGUCAGUUUGGUAUCAUAAUUUGUGAAAGGGUAAUUAUACAUUGCAAAUAAUAUACUUAAUCACAAUGGCUGAUAAAAUUCAACAAGCUGAAAAUCAUAUCAAAAAUGCUGAGAAGGCAUUGAAGUCGACUUUUUUUCGGUGGAAGCCUGACUAUGACUCUGCUGCAGAUGCAUUUACUCAAGCGGCUCAGUGCUAUAGAAUUGUGCGUGACCAAAAAAAAGUGAAAGAAUUUUACGCGAAGGCGGCGGAAUGUCACAUUCGGAAUAAUGCGUUGUUCCAUGCCGGCAAGUGCUUGGAGACGGCAAUGAUGGCUUGCAAAGAAACGUGUGCCGCGGAUGAGAUUUUUACAAUGGCUUCGGAUGCAUCUACGUAUUAUCAACAAUAUGGGUCAGGAGACGCUGGUGCCGGCGUGCUUGAGAAGGCAGCCAAGAUUCUGGAGGAGAAUGAUCCAGAGAAAGCUGUUAAAUUAUAUCAGAUGGCGGCAGAUGUGUCGUCGACCGAGAGUAGUCAACAUCAAGGUGCGGAAUAUAUGCGCAAGUCUUCUCGGAUACUUACCCGUCUUGAACUGUUUGACCAGGCCGUGGACAGCUUGAGGCGUGAGAUUGGGUACAACUUGGAGCACGGCAACUACGGUGCGGUCGGCCGUCUCGUGGUCGCCAUUGUGAUAGUGCAGCUCGCUAGGGGAGACCCGGUGGCUGCUGAGAAGGCUUACAAGGAGUGGGGCAACAAUUGCGAGGCGGCCGAGUCCACUACUCUGGAGCAGUUGCUCCAAGCUUACGACGAGGAGGACCGCGCGGGGGCCAGGGCCGCGCUUUCGUCGCCUUUCAUCAGGAGCAUGGAUGUGGAAUACUCCAGAUUGGCCAUGACGGUCCCGCUGCCCGAGGGCAUUGAGCCGGCUCCGAGCGCCGGGGUCCGUGAGAACGCGGCGCCGUCUUACGUCAGCGCCAACGUAGCGGCUUCGGCCGGCCCGGCUCCGUCUUGCAGCGGCGCUGCGAAAUACUCGGAGGAUGGAGAAGAAGAGUCUCCGUACGAGGCAGUUACGUAUGACAACAAGAAGGCCGACGACGAAGACGGAUUAUGUUAAGAUGUAAGAUUGUAAAUAUCUAUAUUGGAUUCUGUAUGUUGCUAUAUGCACAAUAUGUAUAAACGAGAUGAGUGGCCAUUAUUAUGGGGCGUAGUGUUGUUGUUAUAAGUAGCCAUUAUCAUGAUCAAAAUGGUCUUUAGUCAGCCUAAUGUUAAUUAAUUGUAGUACUUGGUCUUCUUUGUUAGUCAUUUUGAACUUUUCUCUUAACAACUAAGCUAGUUAUCGCUCCCAGAUUGCUGCAGAGAACCAAAAUGUCGUCUGCUUCAAACUCAAGCUUUCUGCAUUUAGAUUAAGGUAUUGUAUUCAUUACUUUUAAGAAAGCUAUACCUAGACAUCGAUUUUAGUAAAUAAAGGAAUCUACUUA